AUGGACAAAGAGUUUGAUAGUUUGCCAGAAACUAUAGUAUUACCCAAAACUGGCCAAACAGUGAUAUUUGAUGUCUACAGACCUGACAAAGAUUUUCAAGAUUUAUAUGAAAUUUGGUGGGAAGUCAUAGACAAAGGACAGUCAUAUCUUCAGUACACAACAAAUGAACAAGAAUUUCAAGAAGUUUUUGUCUCGAAAUCUUGUUUUGUGUUUCGUUUAAUGGAUAACAACAAAACUAUCGGUGCUUUUCAUUUAAAGCCAUCAGCUCCGGGACGUGCGUCACAUACGGGAUGUUAUGAACGUAUUGUUCAUAAAGAUUAUCGUAAUAUUGGUUUGGGUGGACUCAUGUUAGACAUGAUUCAUAAAUUUGCACCACUUAUGGGUUAUGAAGCAUUGAUAGCCUACGUGUUUGCCACCAAUGGUGCGAGUAUUGCAUCUAAUCUUAAGAAAGGUUUGGUACAAAUCGGACGCAUACCUCGUUCAUCCAAACUUAAAAACCUGGAUUAUGUCGAUACUAUUAUUUUCCAUAAAACACUAAUUACUGGUGAUAUAAAUUGA